AAAAAUUAAACAAUCAAUAAAACUUAAAAAGUACAAUUUUCUUUUAAAAAAAAAUUAAUUCAAUUAAUUAAUCUUUUUUUAAUUUUUACCUCUGUAUAUAUGUGAAAGAGUAAAGCUGCGACCUCAGUCCAAACUCCGGCGGCAUUUUUUCUCUCUCCCGCCACAUUUACGGCAGCUUCGUUUCUCCUAUCCUCCGCCGUAAACGACGGCGAUUUUCUCAUCUCCGACGCAGCGCCGCCGUAAGGGAGUCCAUCCAUAUUGACCUAGAUGGACCAGUAUGAAAAAGUUGAAAAGAUUGGGGAAGGGACGUAUGGUGUAGUGUACAAGGCCCGUGAUCGUACAACUAAUGAAAUUGUUGCUCUGAAAAAAAUACGACUGGAGCAAGAAGAUGAGGGAGUGCCGAGCACAGCUAUUAGAGAAAUUUCUCUUUUGAAAGAGAUGCAGCAUGGAAACAUUGUGAGGUUGAAGGAUGUGGUUCACAGUGAGAAGCGAUUAUAUCUAGUCUUUGAAUAUCUUGACUUGGAUUUGAAGAAGCACAUGGAUUCAUGUCCUGAAUUCUCUAAGGAUCCCCGUGUUGUAAAAACGUUUUUGUAUCAAAUGCUCCGGGGUAUUGCUUAUUGUCAUUCUCAUAGAGUUCUUCACCGAGAUCUGAAGCCUCAGAACUUGCUGAUAGAUCCACGAAGCAAUGUGUUAAAGCUUGCAGAUUUUGGAUUGGGUAGAGCAUUUGGUAUUCCUGUUAGAACCUUCACUCAUGAGGUGGUAACAUUAUGGUACAGGGCACCAGAAAUACUGCUUGGAUCAAGGCAGUACUCUACUCCGGUUGAUGUGUGGUCAGCUGGUUGCAUAUUUGCUGAGAUGGUUAACCACCGACCCCUAUUUCCUGGUGACUCGGAGAUUGAUGAACUUUUCAAGAUUUUCAGAGUGGUGGGUACUCCAAAUGAGGAUACAUGGCCUGGAGUGACUUCUUUGCCUGAUUAUAAAUCUGCAUUUCCAAAAUGGCCUCCUAAGGAUCUGGCAACUGUAGUCCUGAAUCUUGAUACGGCAGGACUGGAUCUCCUCGGUAAAAUGCUCUCCAUGGACCCCAGCAAGAGAAUCACCGCCAGGAGUGCCCUUGAACAUGAGUACUUCAAGGAUAUCGGCCACUUUCCAUGACUCUUUGCAUGUUUAUCAACAAUGCAAACAGAAAUUUGCUCCGGUUCUAUCUUGUGUUCAGUAGCGUUCAUGCUCCCUCAAAGACGCACUGAAUAUUACUAUUCAUGAUUGACUGCUGAGUGUUUUAAUUCUACUGCGUAGUUUGAUUCUGGCAUUGAAGAACAAGAUGGUGAUCCACAUAGUUAGUUCCUGGAGGAUGCAGGCUACAAGUUAAGGUUUACCAAGUUAUGUUUCGAUACUGUGUGGAAACUUCUCUUUUGUCUGUCAAUAGAAAGACUGUUUUCUCAACAUUAGGAUUCUUCAGAACUUUUGAUAUUUUGGUAGGAAAAUUAUGAAAGGCCCCAAAAAAAAAAAAAAAGAAACGUUGAUCAUAGCUAUAAGCUCGUGCUACUUUGUUCCCCCAUGAAUUGUAAUUAGGUGAUUGUGUGUAUUAUCUCUUGAUCUCUGUUUUGCCUUUUGUUU